AUGUCAUCAUCAUCAAAAAAACAAUUGACAAUUUUAUUCGUACCUUUGGAUACAUUGGGUCAUAUUCAUGCUUCUAUAGGAAUAGCCGAACUAUUGAAACAACGUGGACACCGAAUUGUUUUUGGAGUAGCAACAGGUUGGAGAGGAAAAAUAUCACCUUAUGGUUUUGAAGAAUUUUUGUAUGGUGAAGAAGCAAAACCAUCACAAAUAUAUAUAGAUUUCAUUAAAGCUUCUGCUGAUGAAUUACGAAAAAGUUCUUAUGGUCAAUUGGCCAUUUUUGAACAUUCUGUUCAACGUAAUUUGACAAAUAAUGUUAAAUAUAAUGAUCCAUUUCUUCGUGAUUUAAUCAAACAAAUUAAACCUAAUAUAAUUAUUGUUGAUCAUUACAUUUGUCAACCAGCAAUAGUAACGGCAGGAGUUCCAUGGGUUUGGUUAAUGUCAAGUAAUCCAUUAGGUCUUAAUGAAGAAAAUUGUCCACCACGUGGUUCAGGUUAUGCAGCUGAUAGUGAUCGUCAACAAUGGGAUGAAUUUCGAAGAGAAUUUAAGAGAAUUUCUGAUCAAAACUGGGAAGAAGUUAAUCAAUGGAUAAUUGAACAAGGUGCACCACCAUUGACCAAACAAAUGUGGCCAUUUUUUCAAAAUGCAUCCCCUUAUCUAAAUCUUUAUCUGUGUCCAGAAGAACUUGAUUACACAGAAUUACGACCAUAUCCACCUAAAUGGAUUCGAUGUGAUGCAUUAGUACGAACAUCCGACAUAUGUGAGUUCCAAAUACCAGAAAAAUUAGCUAAUAAACCAGGAAAACUAGUCUUUAUGUCAAUGGGUUCAUUUGGAUCCGCAGAUUUAUCGUUAAUGACACGAUUAGUUAAUAUUUUAGCAAAGUCACCUCAUCGAUUUAUUAUUUCAAAAGGUCCAUUAGGUGAUGAAUAUUCUUUAUCUAAUAAUAUGUGGGGUGACAAAAUAGUUCCACAAGUAGAAAUUUUACCGUUAGUAGAUUUAGUGAUAACACAUGGUGGGAAUAAUACAGUUACUGAAAUUUUUUAUUUUGGUAAACCGUUAAUUAUUCUACCACUUUUUGGUGAUCAAUUUGAUAAUGCACAACGAAUACAAGAAAAAGGCUUUGGAAUUCGAUUGGGUACUUAUUCUUGUUCUAAAAAAGAAUUAUUGGAUGCAAUAGAAAAAUUAUUAGCUGAUAAACAAUUAGAAGAAAAAUUGAAAAUAAUAUCGAAAAAGAUGAGAGAAAAUGAUAAUCGAGCAAAAGUUGCAGACUUAAUUGAAAGUCUUACAUGA